CAGCUUAGCAACCCUGUUUCCAAAGUCGUCAAGUUUUGUUUUGCCCGCGGGUUAUUUCCUAUUCUUGGUUACAGCUUACAGUAGUGGCGAAGCAAGCAUGACGAGAAGAAAUACUGAUGAAGGUCCGCCAGAUAUGACAUCACCACCGGGUCACCUUGGAGGAUGUGCCAAUAAGUUCAUUGCGGCUGUCGACGUCGGCACGUCCGUACUGCGAUGCCACAUCUACGACUCACGUGCUCAAGUCUGUGGGUCUGCGUCUGACAAGGUGGAAUUGCUGAAUCCAUCUAGCAGAACAUUUGAAAUGGACCCAGAAAAGCUUUGGCAGUCUUUUGUGACCACAGUAAAGGCAGCAAUACAGAAUGCUGGUCUCGCGCCACAAGAGGUCAGCGCUCUGGGAAUUUGUACACAACGUGGCACGUUUACUACUUGGAAUAGGAAGACUGGAAAGGUGUACCACAACUUGAUCACGUGGAAAGACGUCCGAGCGGAGAACCUCUGUCGUGAGUGGAAUUGCAGCUACAGGCUUAUGUGCUUGAAAGCUGCAGCAAGGGCACUCUAUCUCAUGACUGGAAGCAAACGAUUUCUUGCUGUCAGCCUCCUCAGGUACCAAACUGGAUUGGUGGCGAUGAGGCUUCUUUGGGCCCUCAGCAACUUCUCAGAGCUCAGGAGGGAUGCAGAUGCUGGCAAAGCUGUCAUGGGUACCUUGGACACAUUUCUGCUAUGGAGGCUCACUGCAGGCCAAGUGCACGCCACUGAGCCAUCAUGUGCCUGUAUCACUGGGUUCUAUGACCUCUUUCAGAUGGAGUGGUCUCCAGUCACGAUGAAAAUGCUAAACGUUCCAUUAAAGAUGUUGCCCGUUGUCAGGGAUACCAGCUGCACCUUCGGUCACACUGAACCUUCCAUCUUUGGUGCUUCCAUUCCAAUUGCAGCACUGGCCGGCGACCAGCAGGCCUCUGCUUUCGGCGAAUGUUGCUUCGAGCUGGGGGAUUCCAAAUGCACUAUGGGUACGGGCACUUUCUUCAAUGUUAAUACAGGCAGAGAGGCACACUCGUCCGUCACUGGCAUCUAUCCUGUGGUUGGAUGGAGAAUAAAUAAUGUCGUCACCUACCUGGCAGAGGGGAGCUCCUACGACACAGGCACCAUCAUUGACUGGGCUCACAGAGCAGGACUCUACAAAAACGUGAAUGACAGCAGUGGCAUGGCAUUAUCUGUUUCUAGUUCUGAAGGAUUGUUCUUUGUGCCAGCUUUCAGUGGUCUGCAGGCACCCAUGAACGACGCCUAUGCCACUUCUGGCUUCCUGGGCGUUUCUCCGAGGAUACGCAAGGAGCAUUUUGUGAGAGCCGUGCUGGAGUCACUAGCGUUCCGGACAAAGCAAGUCUACGACAUUCUCACCCAGGAGCUCCAGCUGCGUGUGAAACGCAUUCGUUUCAAUGGUGGGGUCGCAAACAAUGAGUUUGUGAUUCAGCUCCUUGCGGACCUGCUGCAACAACCAAUCAGCCGAAGCCAGCACAGGGACACCAGCUGCCUGGGAGCUGCCUUCCUUGCUGGCCUCGCAAUUGGUGUUUGGAAAGACACGGCAGAGUUGAAGAAACUGAGGCAAGGCUGUGCUAUGUACGAGACACGCAAAGAACAAUAUGCGGUUUACCAACCCGUCUACGAGGAGUGGCAGCGUGCGGUUGGACGUUUCCUCCAGUGGCAUAACGGGAAAUGAUUUUUUCCUUCAAUAUCGAUAGCAUUUUUAUAUUCUUAUAUUUGACACUCCAAUCCCGGUGAUUUUUUUUAUCAAACUGCCCGAAUACCUGCAGAUUUUAUAGAUUUAUUGUGUCAUAUACAUUUCCAUUGUGUCACAUUUCUGUUAUCCAGGGAGGCAGGGUGCCCAUGCACGUGGACUUCCUGCUGUGUGACUAAUUUCUGAUUUUAAGGUUGUGAAUGUGUAUUUUUGUGCCAGCUUCAGAUACUGUACGAAAAGAGCUCUCUGUCUUAUUACAGUUGAGCUACUCCGACAAUAAUAACGUUGCUCAGUAACACUGCUCAGUGAAUUGUACAAAAUCAAGAAAAUGAGAUUAUUAAUAAAUGUUUUGCAAUAAAUGACAUUUUCUAUAGCAAU